AUGUCACAACUCAAAGAGCCAAUGUCACAAAUCGAUGAACAAGAGGUGUUUCCGUAUUCACAACAUCAAUCCACCACCUUAUCGCCAAUAACUUCGGCAUCCUCGUCUGGGUCUACUGCACUACUGUCCCAACAUGCACUCCAUCCCAGGACAAUACUAGAAAAUUUUGUCAACUCGUUUAAACCAUUCAACUACGAUGAUCUACCUCCAGUCUAUCUUGACCAUUUCCGCAAAUUAGAUGAAAGGCAAAACCAAGGUGACGUCGAGUACACGCUGAGCUUACAAGAUGAUAAUGCAAAUCUACAACAAGACAAGCAAGGAGCCCAUCUACACCCAGCACACCCCGACUUCGACUAUUCCACAUUUAGCCAAUUAGAGAAAGACGCCAUUAUCACCUCAAUGAAUCCCCUAAGCAAGAGUCUACGAACUCGCCACCUAACUUGGAUUUCACUUGGAGCAAGUAUUGGACUGGGGUUGUUUAUUACAACGGGCUCAUCUUUAGCGCAUGCUGGGCCACUAGGACUACUACUUGUUUGGAUGUUUAUUGGAAGCUUUACAUUCACAACAAUGGCCAGUUUGUCUGAGUUGGCCACUGCAUUUCCCGUGAGCGGUGCAUUUGUUACAUUCCCCACCUUGUUUAUAAACAAGUCUGUUGGGUUUGCUAUUGCGUGGAAUUACGCUCUUCAAUGGUUGGUCACAAUGCCGUUACAGUUGGUUGCAGCUGCUCUAAGUAUUCGAUUCUGGAACGAUCAUCUCCAUCCAGCGAUUUUCGUCACCAUCUUUUACGUUGUGAUUGUGCUUGUCAACUUGUUUGGUGUCAAGGGGUAUGGAGAAAUUGAGAGUUUUCUAAGUUUGCUCAAAGUGGUUGCGGUUAUUGGGUUCAAUAUCUGUGGGAUUGUGAUUGUUGCCGGUGGCGUACCGGGUCAGCCAUAUAUUGGUGGUGCCAACUGGCAUAGACCUCAGGGAGGGUUAUUCAAUGAACAUUCGCCGUUUAAAAACAUGUGUUUUAUAAUAUCGAAUGCAUCAUUUGCGUUUGCAGGGAUUGAGUUGUUUGCGUUGGGAGCUGUGGAAUCAGCCACUCCCAAAACGUCAAUCAACAAGUCAAGGAAACAGAUUUUUUACCGGAUUAUUGUGUUUUACUUGGUGUCAAUUGUCAUGAUUGGGUUUCUCGUACCGUACAAGAACCCCGACUUGAAAGGUUCGACGGAUUCAACAGAUGGGCUUGUUGACACAAACACAUCACCCUUUGUCAUUGCAAUCAAAUUGGCAAACAUUAACGUGUUGCCGUCGAUUAUGAAUGCGGUGGUUAUUAUCACCGUUAUCUCAGUGGGCAAUGCAUCGGUAUAUGCUUCCACUAGGGUCCUUAAUGCCAUUGGUGCUUUGGAGCAAGGACCAAAAUUCCUCAACUUUGUUGAUCGCAAAGGUCGACCCAUGGGGUGUCUCCUUAUACAAUUUGGGUGCGGAUUGCUAGCCUACCUCGUCUGUAUCCCAGGUUCUUCGACAACCUUGUCAAUUUUCGAGUGGUUGCUCAGUUUGAGUGGAUUGAGCGCACUAUUCACGUAUUUGGUGAUUAACAUUUCACAACUCCGGUUCCAUGCUGCGUUGAGCCAUCGUGCACGCGUUGCUCGUGAUGAACUACUCUACGUCUCCCCCAAUUGGGUAUCGUGGUAUGGUAUAAUCACAAUUGUUGUCACGCUUGUGCUUCAGUUUUGGGCUGCGUUGUGGCCACCAGGAGGAGGGGUUGACGUUGUUUCGUUUUUCCAAAUCUACUUGGGCGGGAUAGUCUUGGCUGCCAGUUACGUUGUUCAUAAAGUUUACGAGUACUGGUACAAUGGAGUCCCCUUGACAAAAUUGUGGUUGUCAGUUAACGAAAUCAAUGUCGAUAUGGGAAGGCGACAAGUUGAUUUGGAAGCAGUGAAACAGGAGAUUGCUGAACAGAGGAACAUUUUACAAAGUAAGCCCUGGUGGUUUAAAGUGUACAAUUUCUUUUGCUAG